AUGGAAGGCAAUGGUAAACCAGAAGGCGCCAUGGAAAUAUUUGGAGCUCAGGCUCAUAUCUAUAAGCACGCAUGCAACUACGUAAACUCCAUGGUUCUUGCCACUGCAAUUCAGCUAAAUAUUCCAGACAUAAUCCACACCCAUGGAAAACCAAUCACCAUUCCCAACCUUGUUUCUGCACUCAAACUCCCUCCUCACAAAUCCAACGCCAUUUUUCGCAUCAUGCGCUUGUUAACUCACAAUGGCUUCUUUGAAGAAGAAGAAGAAGGGUAUGUUCUCACAGCUUCUUCAAGGCUACUCCUCAAAAGUGAAAUUCAAAAUCUAUCCCCUUAUGCUCGAUUCAUGGUGGAUCCGGUCUUAUUAGCGUCAUGGCAGGUUCUGGGGGACUGGUUUUCAAGAAAUGAGGAGUCCAGUAGUGCGUUUGAGACCGCGCACGGGGCUCCUAUGUGGGAGAUUUGCAACACGAAUUCGCUGUUCAACAACGCUUUCAAUGAGGGCAUGGCUAGCGAUUCCCAGAUGAUGAGGUUAAUUGUGAAAGAUUGUGGGCAAGUGUUUGAAGGAGUGAGUACGCUGGUAGAUGUGGGUGGCGGCACCGGAAUGAUUUCUAAGCUCAUCUUGGAGGCAUUUCCGAGGUUGAAAUGCACGGUGCUUGAUCUCCCUCACGUUGUUGCAAAACAACCUGAGUGCCAAAACCUUGGAUUCCUCGGAGGGGACAUGUUUCAUUCAAUUCCUUCUGCUGAUGCCAUCAUGUUCAGGCAUGUUAUGCAUAACUGGAGUGAUGAGGACUGCGUUAAACUACUGAAGAAAGGCCGGGAAGCUAUCAUCGCAAACAAGGGGAAGGUGAUCAUCGAUGACAUGGUUUUGGGCGCAGAAAAAGGCAAUGAAAGAGACAUAACUGAAAUGAAGCUCAUAUUUGAUGUUCUGAUGAUGGUUCUUGUUACUGGGAGGGAACGAACAGAGAAGGAAUUUGAAAGGUUGUUCAUUGAGUCUGGGUUCACUCACUACAAGAUAAUCCCAAUAUUUGGCCUCACGUCUCUCAUUGAGGUGUUUCCUUAG